AUGGUCAGAGAGUGGUCGAGGGAGUCAUUCUCCCGCUACCCUCAUCACCCCUAUCUUCCUGAAAGAUUUGUUGGCGAUGGAAUCGACGACAGUCGAUUUUCCGAAGCACAGGACAUGCACCGCCGGCAACCUCCAAUUCAAAUUGACGAAGCCCUCCGACAAUCUUGUGGAAUAUCUGCUAGACGAUACUUCCUGGUUGUGGUCAUGGACGAUGGAAGCCCACAAACCUUCUCUGGGCCCGGCACCUCGGGAGUUCGAAGUGGCUAUGAGAAACAAUUCUUCGAUAUGGAAAAGUAUUUAAAGGUCGUUGACCGGUUGGAUGCUGGAGCAAGCCCCGUGAUCAACGAUGAUGUCAGUUAUGACGGCUACAGACAAUCCAUGGAUUUCCCACGAAACCGCAUGAUGGAUCGUCGACGAAUGUCCCAGUUUGACGAAUGGGAAACUCCAUCACGGCAGGGACGAAAGAGACCACGGGCUCGGCAUGGUAUUGCUGACGACGACGAUAUUCCUAUGACCGUGGCAACAACGAUACGAAAGGGCAUCAAGAUCGGAAAUUCCCUCGAUGUCGGCCUCUUCUAUGAGCUGCGAUUCAAGAAUUGCCAGCAGACGGCUUGCAAGCUCAUGGCAAAGGCAUGGGUAAAAGCUGUGGAGCCAAAGAAACAAUCAACACAUCCCUACACAGGAAGUGACGAGAAAGCGCCUGACUGGUGGCCAAAGCCUUGGGGUCCUACCAAAGAAGACAAGGUCCGCCACAAAGAGCCAGACCAUCUUUACAAGCGAGAACGAGUCCAUCUUCUGAACCAUAUCCUCAGAAUGAUCGUAGAACCCAACCAAAGGCAGCACCCCGACAUCCAGAAGUUGAAGCUCAACGUCCAGAAGUUGGAGGAGAUCACUAUCGAGGCCCUUUCGGGUUUCUUCGCAGACAAGGAUAACCCAGCAAAUGCAAAGAAGCGCCCCUUCUUAAACGAGAUUUUCAAAGUAGCUAAGCAGGAAGAAAGGUUUAAAAAGGAAGAAAUUGAUGGAAGUACCGAAGUCUUUGUGAUGGCAGAUGAUAAAAUUCCUGAAUCAUACCUAUCGAGCAACGAUGACCAUGGACCUACUCUCAAGGAAGAAGACGACCACGAUGCGACCCCAAACAAAUUAACGGCAGUCCAUGGACUCAUGCCCUCAUCAAACAGCCAUAGUGCAGGCACAUCACUUCACGGGACACCCUUCCUCGGCGGAGAUUUACCUGUAAGGGGUAACCAGUACACGCCCUCGACCAUGCCAGAAAUGCCACAGGAUCAACACGCCUUUGUCGAGAACACAGGCAUACCAGUCAAUGGCCAACCUUCAGUACACGCUACUGGUGGCAGCCUGACUAUGGACAUGGGUGUGCCUCCCGCACACGAUGCCAGUCGCCGAGCUUCCAUCUUUAGCGCCCAUUCAGAGUAUGGAGGCCAGAAUAAUACAGCAAUGUACACCCAGCAAUGGCAGCCCGGUUCCACAGCACCCAACUCUUCAUCCAUGUACACCUUUACACAGCAACCGCCCAGCCAACCGACGACAACAUUUGUCAGCUCUGGUGUUGCUAUGAAUCAGGCUCAGUCCUACAUGAACACCUCCUUCGAUGGGCUCGCUCGUGGAUACGAUCCAAACCAGACUCCCAUGUUCCGGACAGGCAGCGUGCCACAGCCCACACAAUUGCAUCCUGCCCAAGGUUACGAUUACAUGUCACACGAUAAUCGGGGACUUCCCGGCGUGAAAGUGGACGACGUACCUCGGCACGCCAUGCAUUAA